AUGGCUCAAUCAAAUAUCAUAGCGAUAGCUUCAGUAGCAGUAGUAUCAUUUGCAGCAGGAUACUAUCUCAAUCAAGUGUUUGACUACAGUUCAAAUGCCAAUCAUAAACGUGAAGGCUAUCGUAGAUUAAAAAGUUCAACUCCAUCAUCAUCAGAACAAUCUACCGAUGAUUCAUUAGAAGACGACGAAGACUAUGAAGAUGAAGAAUCAGACGAUGAAGGACUUGACAUUGAUUCUACUAAUUUAAAUGAAGUACCAGGAGAAGUACGAAUGACCCUUAUUGUUCGUCAAGAUUUAAAAAUGGGUAAAGGAAAAGCAGCAGCUCAAUGUCUGCAUGCUACAUUAGCAUUAUACAAGAAGAUAACGAAUCCUCAAUCAGCAGCAUAUAAUCCAGAUAUGGUUAAUCGCUGGGAAUAUGGUAAUGGUCAAGCUAAGAUCACUUUACAAGUCCCAGAUCAAGAAGGUAUGGAUACACUUUUCGCUCAAGCUAUUUCCUUAGGUAUUAAUGCAUAUAUUGUUCAUGAUGCCGGUAGAACUCAAAUUGCAGCAGGAAGUGCUACUGUAUUAGGUUUAGGUCCAGCACCAAAAGCUGUUAUUGAUCAAAUCACUCUGGAUUUGAAAUUAUACUGA